CUUGUACCAUGUGACCUCUGUGAUCAUUCACAGAUUUCACAUGUAGUAAGCAAUGAUGUCAGAAGUGACAUCUUGCUUACUACUAUUCAUGUGAUCACUGAUUGGCCAAUCACAUUGAUGAGGUCCCGUACAGCAAUCAGUAUUCCGUUUUGUGUCUGGAGGACACAGCAGGGAGUGUGCACAAACAGGGAGGCGAGGAGGACGUUUAUAAACGGCCACCUGCCCCUGCACUGCUCCCGUCCAGCCGUUUAUAUACAUGGGCCGGACAGGAAGUGGUUA